UAAAUCCCAAGUACACACACACACAAUAAUCAUCAAACAGAUUUCAUAAUUCCACCAUAAAGCCGAAGAACCAUCUUCGAUGGAAGAAGGCAUGAUCAACAGGCAAAUAAAGUAAAAACAUAUUUGCGAAAACUGCGCGUUCACCAGGAACUUUUGAGGCUAUGUGGUUCUCGAAUUCAUGGGGCACAGAUUUCGUAGAACAUGAGCGGCUUCGUUGACAGUCCAUUCCUGUUUUUCGUGGACAACGUGCCACCUAUUUUCGCUGACCAUCCCGAAGAGGAUCAAAGAAAGAUUAUCGAGAUCUCGGACGUGGGCUGCGAUGCCGUAUCACCGACUAUGACUUUACAGAAUAAUGGCCAAUACAAUCCAGCGAGAACUUCCACAAUAAGAAAUAAUAGGAUAAAGCAUGAUGAGAGAACAGCGAACAAGAUUCACAAGGAGAAACCGCGACAGAAUGAUGGACCCGCGAAAGAUUUCGGAAAAACGUUCAUCAAGCAGCCUGAAAUUAAUCAUCGACCAAACAUCGACGAGCAACGUUGGAAAAAGCAGCCCACCCACGACGACGCGAUCAACGCUGCAACAGCGAAGAGGAGUCCAGACACAAAAGACGUAAACACGAGUUCAAGAGUGCAAUCAGCGAAACCAAGACUGAAUCGAUGGAGCAGAGGAAACGUUCCAGUACCUCCGUCGGAAGUUCAGUGGGAUCAUGAAACGGCGUGCCCUCAAAAAAGACCAUUGAGUUGUCCAACGCGAAAGAGACCACUGAUCCCCCAAUCAGCUAUACCGAGAAUCGUUCCCAAAAUGAAACCCAGGAUCGACGAAACGCCGACCACCGAUAAAGAGAAAACGAUGGUGGCCCUGGAGCCGGAUUACCCAGAAGUCUUUGAUCGCCACGUGUCCAAGGAUCGUUGGCAGGGUCUGAGGGCGCCGAUGCCGAGAAUCGCCAAGAAACCAAGCAAUGAAAAUCUACGGAGGACUCAUCGGGCGUCGAGAUACCGGAAGAACCCAAAAAUCGCAUCGGCAAAGGCAGAUAACGUCGAGGAAAUCCUCGAUGAACUUGAAGACCGCAGAAUCCGAUCUAGAACGCAUUCUCCGCCAAGGGAUCGACACGGGGGGACACGAUCCUGCUCCAAACCCGGCCGAAAACAGCCAGAACAAGUGGAGGUCCAGCAAAUUCCAAGGAUCAUCAAAGAUCCUCAAAGAUCGCCGAAGUCUUCGUUGUUCAACCUCGCGUCUGAUCGAGCUGGGAACACGAAUCGCGAUCGAUCCUCCGAGAGAAGUCAAAGAUUCGUGGAUCGAGCAGUGGACAAAGACAGUAUAUCGGACAUCGCGAGAGUUUCUACGUCCACGGACGCCACCGUGGCACCAACUUCCUCGAUAGACACAGGGAAGAGCGAGAAGGUGAUCGGUUUUUGGGAGUUCGUUCCUCUGGACGACGAAAACAGACGAAAGAUCCCUGGUAACAGGAGGGCCAGAUGCGUACUGGAUCAAAGACUGAUUCAGGACACCGAGUAUCAUCCACCGAGAAGACAUCUAGUCAACGAAAACGAUGCACCAAUGACGGACAAGAAGAGUCUGAAGAGAAGCUUGGAUCUGGACCGACCUUCCGAUUCGGAAAGCUUGAAGUACGUUGAUCGUUACUUGAAUUCUGCGGGUCCGGGAGGGUUGGAGGAGGUUCCUGACACGUACAGAAUCGACAAAUCUGCCAGGUCAGUGGAGGUUCUGCACAGAACGAGGAUCGGCUCGAAGACAGAGGUCAAUCGAGAUGGUAGCCGAGAGAAACUGUGUUCGAACUGCUUCGCGAAUGAUGCGAGACACUCUGAGAACUGCCAUGGUCAGAGCUGCGGAGAGCCUAGGUACCAACCGAAGGUUGCUCGGAUGCAGGCUUUCGGCUGGACAGGAUACAGUCGAAGCCUCAAAAGAGAAAACGAAGCGAGACACGGUAUGGAGAGCGAGAAGAGGAAGAAAAUGGAGAACGAGGACAAUAUGGCUGGCAUAAAGUUCGUUGAAAAGGCUGCCGCGCGUCUGAAACGGAAGCUAGAGGACUCCCUGAACGAGGAUUCCGUCUCGAGGAAGUUCGCGGGUCUGAAUAUCGAAAAGAAGAUCCGAUCCGAACUGUCUACGAGUUCGAGGUUGCCAAUUCGGAUAGGCAAUCGCCUCAGAUCGAAGAAUCCCAUUGCCUGGAAGUUCAGAGGAUGUCCGAAGAAUAGAUCAUCGGAGAAAGAAGAGAAUGAAAAUCCUGCGAAUAGCGGUUCGAUUAGAUCCAGGACAAAACCCAGGAUAAAACCAAGCGUCGAGCAUCACCGGAUAAUUAUAGACUCCGAUGAGACCCCUGCAUGCCAGAAAACUGUCGACGAUGUUCGGAGAAACGGGGAUAGCUCCGUCGACGAAACAAUUAAGCGUGGGAGGGAUGAACAAUUUAGGGGGGCUAUGAGGUAUGCGAAUGUGGAGCACGGUCCGCGGAGAAACGAGUUUACGAAUCGCUUUUAUGCGAGGGAAAUUAAUCAGGGAAAUGGUAGCGGGAUGUCGAGGAUGGAAACCAAUGUCUUGAGAAACGGCUUGAGGGAAAAAUGCUUCUUCAAUGUGCAUGAUCAGGAGAACAGCAUUUGCGGGAAGCAUUGCAAGGGGCUGUGUUGUGGAUAGGUCUACCAUUAGAAUUGAAACUGUAGAAAUGAAUUGUAGAAACUUGAAAUAUUAGAAAUGAAUUAUGGAGAAUUGACGUUGCAGAAGUGAAUUGCAGAAAUGAAUUGUAGAAGUGAAUUGUGGAGAAUUGAAAUUGUAGAAAUAAAUUGCAGGAAAUUGAAAUUUCAGGAAUUACGAAAUUUUGGAGUCCAGAAGCACCGAUUAGACGGUUUUUCAUUGAAGAAAGAGAAAUGCUGAAAGCUGGCUCUAAAAUCUAUGGUAUAUAGGAGACAUUUCUUUAGUACAUUGUUGAUUAAUAUUCAUUUGUGUGCUAUUAGUUAUUCCUUAAGAAAGUUACGUUGAAUUUUAAAAUCAUCGUUUUACGGGAUGUUGAUUAGACUGGAUUUUUAUUUUUAUAAAUUGAAACGAUUAAAAAUGGCUGAAAUCUGUGAUAAAGAUAUACCAGGUGAAAGUAUUUCUUUAAUAUAAUGACUGAUAAUUACUAACACAAUAUUCGACACUUUUUGGUUAAAUUAUACUGUUUCCUAGAUCUUGUGAAACUGCUAGAUAUGAUUAAAUUCAUUAAACUGAUAGAAGAUGAUAGAAAAUUGUACUAUAAUGUCAACAAAUAUACAUUCCUUUAACGUA